UCUCCUCACACUUCACUUCAACGUAUACCCAUUUCUCCAUUCUCCGACAAAAAAACCGGCCAAGACACAACAAACAAAUUCACUGUCUUGUCGUGGUUUUUCCUUAAAAAUGCCUUGCCUUAAAUCCUCCACCACUCUGAUCGCCAAAUGGACUGUUUUUCCGGCGGAAAAAUCCACCCUCCCCGACCUCAAACUUUCCGUUUCCGAUCUCCCUAUGCUCUCUACGCAUUAUAUUCAGAAAGGCGGCCUUUUCACUCGCCCGCCGUUCUCGAUUUCCCAUUUAAUUUCUUUGCUGAAAAAGAGCCUUUCGCAGACGCUUACUAAUUUCCCGCCGCUCGCCGGCAGGCUGGUGACGGACUCGGAGGGAUACGUUUACGUGGCGUGUAAUGACGCCGGCGCGGAUUUUGUCCACGCCGGCGCUACGGACGUUUACGUACGGGACGUCAUUGGAGGGGUGGAUGUGCCGGAGGAGGUGACGGAGUUUUUUCCGUUUGAUCGGACGGUGAGCUUUCAGGGGCAUUUUCGUCCGAUUUUAGGAGUUCAGGUGACGGAGCUGGCUGACGGCGUGUUUAUUGGCUGCGCCGUUAAUCACGCCGUGGCUGACGGAACCUCUUUCUGGAAUUUCUUCAAUACUUUCGCGGAGGUUACGAGAGGCGUUAAGAGGAUUACGAGGCAACCGGAGUUUAGCCGGAACUCGGUUUUGAUCUCGCCGGCGGUUCUGAAACUCCCUGCCGGCGGGCCAAAGGUCACUUUUGCCCUCGACGCGCCGUUGAGGGAACGGAUUUUCAGCUUUAGCCGGGAAUCGAUACUGAAGCUGAAAGCCAAGACGAAUAGUCAGAAAUUUGACGUUAACGGCGGAAUUGACGUCGUUGAGUUAAUGGGGAAAGAAAGCAACGACCCCUUGAAAAUAUCUAACGGAAAGGUGACGCCGUUAAACUGGAUUAUCAAUACCGUUACAAAACCCGAGAAACCCGGUGAGGAGAUUUCGUCGUUUCAGUCUCUCUGCGCUUUACUAUGGCGAGCGGUGACACGUGCGAGGCACCUGCCGCCUUCCAAAACGACGACGUUUCGUAUGGCCGUGAACUGCCGCCACCGGCUCGACCCGAAACUCGACCCGCUCUACUUCGGCAACGCGAUACAGAGCAUUCCGACGUACGCCCCCGCCGGCGACGUCCUGUCACGUGACCUCCGGUGGUGCGCCGAGCAACUAAACAAAAACGUGAAAUCCCACGAUGACGUCAUGGUCCGAAAUUACGUCGGGGCAUGGGAAUCCGACCCGCGGUGUUUUCCGUUGGGUAAUUUCGACGGCGCCAUGCUCACGAUGGGCAGCUCGCCGAGAUUCCCAAUGUACGACAACGAUUUCGGAUGGGGCCGACCCCUCGCCGUGCGGAGCGGGCGGGCCAACAAGUUCGACGGCAAGAUUUCGGCUUUUCCCGGCCGGGAAGGCGGCGGGACGGUGGAUUUGGAGGUGAUUUUGACGCCGGAAACAAUGGCGGGGCUGGAGUCCGACCCGGAAUUCAUGCAAUAUGUAUCGGGUUAUUAAAACGGGUUUGGGAAUAAAUUAAAAACAACAAGAUAGUUUGUUUUAUUGUUGGGUCUUACUCUAAUGGGAUACUUAAAAAGUUAUUAAUUUUUAGCUUUAUUAUAUGUAAUGUAAGUAACAACAAAAUGUCAAUGAUGUUCAUUAACGCUUUUGUCAUUA